CUUGUUUUUUCCUCAUUCACUUUUAUUUUCUUUUAUCUUGUUUUCUAAUCUGUUACCAUGGAUACAAAACAGUGGGUGGUAAAUCACCAAACUGAUUCAAGUGGUCAACCAUGGUCUGGCAUGUGUAGAAACCCAGAAGGCUUUGGCCCAUUUUCUGUAUAUCGAGUACCAGAUUUCACACCCUGUUUUGAAGACACUGUGAUUACAUUUAUUCCUUAUGUCUUUGUUAUAUUUACUGGCAUGAUCAGACUUUGGAUUCUAUCCAAAAGAGAGCCUUUAUCAUCAGAUAUGACUCGCAAUUGGCUUUACUUUGCAAAGAUGACGACGUUAUUAUUGCUUUUGUUUACUGCUAUCUCAGCCUUCACUCUUUCUAUUUUGGAUGUUGGAAUUGAAUGGAUUAAUGAUGCUCAGAUUUUGUCACAGGCUUUAACGAUUUUAGUCUUGAUAUUCGUAACUGGAUUGCAUCAUAUUGAAUACACACGUAACCGUGUCUCAUCUGCGACCCUAUUAUUUUUCUGGUUAUUUGUUUUAGCAGCCGAUGGCGUCAAAUUGCGUACUCGUAUCAUGAAUCAUGAUUAUGACACCAAUGCUAUUCAAUUCGCCUUAUUCUCUUUAAGCUAUGCUUUAUCAUUGGUCAUUUUUGCUUUAGAAAACAAAGAUAGGCCUAAGAGCCAAUAUAUCAUGUUGGAGGAAGAUGAGCACGAUUCCCCCGAAGAAAAAACAAAUAUCUUUGGUAGACUUACAUUCAGUUGGAUGACACCUCUGAUGAGAUUAGGUUACCAAAAACCUUUAGCCAUGGAUGAUUUAUGGAAUCUUAAAUCAGACGACCAGUCAGCCAUUGUUGGUGCUAAGUUCCAAGAGAAUUGGAGAAAGGAAAUGAGUAAAGCAAAACCUUCUCUUUUACGUGCUCUUGUAAAAACCUUGGGUGGACCCUUCUUCUUGGCAGCUCUUUUCAAAGCUCUCCAAGAUAUUUUACAAUUCACCCAACCUUUGCUUUUGAAAAUUUUGAUGAAAUGGGUAACGAGUUACAACUCCGAUGAACCUCAACCUGCAUACCGAGGUGUCUUUAUAGCGGUUGCCAUGUUCUUUACAGCUAUCUGUCAAACAAUGUUCCUUCACCAAUAUUUCCAACGCUGCUUUAUGACCGGUAUGCGUCUUCGUGCUGCUCUCGUUACGUCCAUUUAUCAAAAAACUUUGGUGUUGAGUAACGCUAGUCGUCAAAAGUCAACAGUAGGAGAGAUUGUUAAUCACAUGAGUGUAGAUGCUCAAAGAUUAAUGGAUUUGUGCACAUAUUUCCAUAUCGUUUGGAGUGGACCUUUGCAAAUUAUCCUUGCCUUAUUUUUCUUGUACAAUACUAUGGGGCCCAGUAUUGGCGCCGGUGUUGGAAUCCUUAUUCUUGCUAUUCCCUUGAAUACUUAUAUUGCCCGUAAAAUGCGUGGAUACCAAAAAACACAGAUGGGUAAUAAGGAUUCAAGAGUCAAGUUGAUGAAUGAAAUUUUAAACGGUAUUCGCGUCAUCAAAUUGUAUGCUUGGGAAUCACCUUUCUUGGAAAAGAUCAGUUAUAUUCGUAACGAACUAGAAUUAGCUACCUUGAAAAAGAUCGGUGUUCUUUCUGCUGUUCAAAACUUUACUUGGACCUCUAUCCCUUUCUUGGUCUCUCUCACUACAUUUGCUGUCUAUGUGACUAUUUCUGACCACCCCUUGACAAGUGAUAUUGCAUUUGUAGCCAUCGCUCUCUUCGGUCUGUUGCAAUUCCCCCUUACUGUCUUCCCUAACGUGAUAACAUCUACUAUUGAAGCUUCUGUCUCUCUUUAUCGAAUCGAAAACUACCUUUCUUCUGAAGAGAUUGAUGUUAACUCUGUCACGCGCUCGGACUACCGUAAUGAUCCUACUUUCACCGAAGAAACCCCGCUUGUUGAAGUGAACAAUGCUAAAGUUAAGUGGUCUCUUGAGGAUCCCAAGCCUGUUUUGAGUAACAUCAACCUCAAGGUUAAGAAGGGUGAAGUAACCGCUAUUGUAGGUCGUGUGGGCUCAGGUAAGUCUUCCUUGAUCAGUGCUUUAUUAGGUGAUACCGUCAAGUUAGAAGGUGAUGUUAUACUCCGUGGUUCUGUCGCCUAUGUACCUCAACAACCCUGGGUCAUGAAUGCUUCUUUGCGUGACAAUAUCGUUUUUGGCCAUCGUUGGGACCCUCAUUUUUAUGAUCGUGUUUUGGAGGCCUGUUCUUUGAAGAGUGAUAUUGCUAUAUUGAAUGGUGGUGACCAAACUGAAAUCGGUGAACGCGGUAUUAACUUGUCUGGUGGUCAAAAAGCCCGUGUAUCUCUUGCCAGAGCUAUUUACGCUCGUGCUGAUAUUUAUUUAUUGGAUGAUCCCCUUAGUGCUGUUGAUGCUCAUGUCGGUCGUCACAUUUUUGAUAAUGUAAUUGGCCCUGAAGGUAUCUUAAAAAACAAGGCUCGUGUUCUUGUCACCCAUGGUAUUUCUUAUUUGCCCCGUAUCAAUCACGUUGUUAUGUUGCGUGAUGGCGAGAUUGCUUUAAGCGGUACUUACAGUGACCUCAUGAGUCAAAAAUCCGAACUUUAUGCUUUGAUCAACGAUUUCGGUAACCAAAGCAACAACAAGGCUCCUUCUGAGGAUGAAAUUACAGUAGACGAUGAGGAUGUACUUCAAUCAGAUACCGCGUCUAUUGAACUUGUUCCUCGUGAGGAAGAUGCUACCUUGCAUCGUCGUCGUCAACGUAUGAACAGCGAUGCUUCUAUAAUGAGUGCCAAGACUCUUCGUCGUGCUUCUCUUGUAUCUCUUAACAAAAAGGGAAAGGCACAAAAUGGCGGUAAUGACCGUUUGAUUACUGUUGAAGAAAGUGCGAAGGGUAGCGUAACUUGGGAUGUGUAUAAAGAAUAUGCCAAAUCUUGUUCGUUCUAUGGUGUUAUCGUCGUGCUUUUAUUAUUGGUUCUUGCUCAAUUGGCUUCUGUCGGUACUAACUUGUGGUUAAAAUACUGGUCUUCUCACAACCAAAAUGAAGGCACGAACGAUGGUAUCUGGUUCUAUCUUAGUAUCUAUGCUCUUAUUGGCUGGUCUUCGACCUUGUUUGCAAUGGUCCAAACCCUUGUUCUAUGGGUAUUCUGUGCUAUUCGUUCCGCCCGUGUCUUACAUUCUGAAAUGCUGGAGACUAUCAUGCGUUCUCCCAUGUCAUUCUUUGAUACUACUCCCUUGGGCAGAAUUUUAAAUCGUUUUAGUAAAGAUCAGCAUACUGUCGAUGAAGUUUUACCCAGAACUUUCAAUGGAUACUUCCGUGUACUUUUUUCUGUCAUUUCUACAAUUGCCAUUAUUGCGUUCUCGACUCCUCUCUUUAUGAUUUUGGUAAUUCCUCUUGGUUGCAUUUAUAUUUAUGUUCAGCGUUACUACCUUACCACAUCUCGUGAAUUGAAACGUUUAGAUUCAGUUGGUAAGAGUCCCAUUUAUUCUCAUUUCCAGGAAACUAUCUCCGGCGUCUCUACAAUUCGUGCCUAUGAACAACAAAAUCGCUUCAUGUUUGAAAAUGAAGGUAAAUUAGAUGAUAACCAAAGGGCAUAUUUCCCUUCUAUCUCCUGUAACCGUUGGCUCGCUGUUCGUCUCGAGUUUUUGGGUUCCAUCAUUAUCUUAGCCGCUGCAUUAUUUGCUGUACUUGGUGUUGUGUAUGGUUCCUCUAGAAUCGAUGCUGGUUUGGUCGGUCUUUCUGUUUCUUAUGCAUUGAAUGUAACUCAAGCUUUAAAUUGGGUCAUUCGUUCUUACUGUGAAAUUGAAACGAAUGUUGUUUCUGUUGAACGUAUCAAGGAAUAUAUUGAUUUACCUACCGAGAAAUACAACGCUGUUCGUGGCGUGAGUCCAAUGUGGCCUGAAAAGGGUCUGAUUGAAUUCCGUGAUUACGCAACACGUUACCGUCCUGGAUUGGAUCUUGCGUUACGUGAUUUGUCAUUCACCGUUGCACCAAAAGAGAAAAUUGGUAUCAUUGGUCGUACUGGUGCCGGCAAAAGUUCAUUGAGUUUAAGUUUGUUCCGUAUCGUUGAAGCAGCCAAGGGAUCUAUCUUUAUUGACGGUGUUGAUAUUUCCAGUCUUCGUUUGUUUGAUCUUCGGUCCCGACUCACUAUUAUUCCUCAAGACCCAGUGUUGUUUGCUGGUACUGUAAGAGAUAAUUUAGAUCCUUUUGGUACCCAUGAUGACGCCGAACUCUGGCAAGCAUUACAUCAUUCUCACCUUGGAGAAUACAUCACCAAGUUAGACAACAAACUGAACGCAAUUGUUCUUGAAGGUGGUGAGAAUUUCUCUGUUGGACAACGUCAAUUAAUAUGUUUAGCCCGUGCUCUUCUCCGUAAAACAACAAUUCUUGUUCUCGAUGAAGCUACUGCUGCUAUUGAUGUAGAGACGGAUUCUAUCAUUCAAGAGACUAUUCGUAGUCAAUUUGCCCACUGCACAAUCUUAACCAUUGCUCAUAGAAUCAAUACUGUUUUGGACUCUGAUAGAAUUCUCGUCUUAGACAAAGGUUCUAUUGCUGAAUUUGAAUCGCCUACUAAACUAUUAGAAGACAAGCAAUCUAUCUUCUAUUCUAUGGCGAAAGAAGCUGGUCUUACUGAGUAGAUGUUUCUUUCUUAUAUUAAGAGAGGGAAUUUUGUAUAUCUAUUUUGGACUCUUUAUAUUUAUCAUCUCAGUUUUUUUUUUUUUUUUAUUGAUAU